CCAUCCAUCCACGCAUUUGCGUUCCGCUGCGGUGAGUGGAUCUCUGUCUCUCUUACUACAUCGGAGACGAUGAGGAGCUUCCUGGUUAGAUCUGUCGAGUCAGCGCUCAGACGUGGCGGAGCCUCCUAUGGCCGCCGCCUCUUCUCCUCCGACGCCGCCCCUGAGCGCAAGGUCGCGAUCCUCGGAGCUGCUGGUGGUAUCGGCCAGCCCCUCGCCCUCCUCAUGAAGCUCAAUCCCCUCGUCUCCAGCCUCUCCCUCUACGAUAUCGCUGGCACCCCCGGCGUCGCCGCCGAUGUCAGCCACAUCAACACUCGCGCCCAAGUGGCGGGCUAUGCGUGUGAGGAUCAGCUUGGCACGGCUCUUGAGGGUUCCGAUGUCGUGAUCAUCCCCGCUGGUGUGCCGCGGAAACCCGGCAUGACUCGCGAUGAUCUCUUCAAAAUCAACGCUGGCAUCGUCAAGUCUCUCUGCACCGCCAUAGCCAAGUACUGUCCUAACGCUGUUGUUAAUAUGAUAAGCAACCCAGUGAAUUCAACUGUACCUAUUGCGUCUGAGGUGUUCAAGAAGGCAGGAACAUACGAUGAGAAAAAACUGUUCGGCGUUACCACUCUUGAUGUUGUCAGGGCUAAAACCUUCUAUGCUGGGAAAGCUAAGGUUCCGGUGGCUGAUGUUAAUGUUCCGGUUGUCGGUGGGCAUGCUGGCAUAACAAUCUUGCCUCUGUUCUCUCAGGCAACUCCUGUUAGUAAUGAUUUGUCUCACGAGGAUAUCAAGGCUCUUACCAAAAGGACCCAGGAUGGUGGGACGGAGGUUGUGGAGGCAAAAGCUGGAAAAGGCUCAGCAACUUUGUCAAUGGCAUAUGCAGGAGCCAUUUUUGCAGAUGCGUGCUUGAAGGGUCUUAAUGGAGCUCCGGACAUUGUUGAGUGUUCAUUUGUGCAAUCAAGUGUUACCGAGCUGCCAUUUUUUGCAUCUAAGGUGAAGCUGGGGAAGAAUGGAGUGGAGGAAGUUUUUGGACUUGGCUCUCUGUCUGAUUACGAGAAAGAGGGCUUGGAAAAUCUGAAGCCUGAACUAAAAGCCUCAAUCGAAAAGGGUAUUAAGUUCGCACAGGAAAAUUAAGCAUUAAGUUCCCAGUUUCACAAAAAUUUUGCUGUUGCAAGUGGAGGGGUCAGCGACUCAGCAUCUCAAUUCCAGCUUUGGUACUUGUUUUAAUAAAUUGUUUCCAGAGGCACAGUCAAAUCUAUCAUUCACAAAUUGUUCUAUAUGAUUGGUUAGGUCCAAUCCAUACUGCGUAAUUUUCUAUUGUUUUUGUCACUAAGAAAAUCUAAUUGAUUGUUUAAUAAAAUUAAUUAGCAUGCUCUGAUUAGCUCGUGUAAAA